UUGAUUAGAUUUAAAAGAAUGCUCCGUCACCUGCAUCGUUGAAAGGAGACUAGGCGGCCCAGAGGCGGGCUGCAAGCCUCGGAGAGACUCGAACACUACGUGGUAGGGAGAACGAGUGAGCACGAGUGAAGUAAAGAGAGAGAAAGAUACGAUAGAUAGACAGAGAGGAAGAAAGAGAGAGAGAGAGAGAGAGAGAGAGAGAUAAAGAGAGAAGAAGAAGAAUAAGAAGAAGAAGAAGAAGAUAAAGUAGUGGGAGAAAGAAGAGGAUGAGGAUGAGGAUGAGAAGAAGAAGAAGAAGAAGAAGGAUGGAGAAGUAGAAGGAGAAGUAGAAGGAGGAGGAGGAGGAGGAGAUGAAGUGGAAGGGGAGGAAGCAUGAGGCCCCAGCGAUCACUGACCGCUUUCGCCGAUCCCUGCCGCCAACUAGCCACCUUUCAGCGGCGCAGCCAUCGGAGCAUCCUUCUUCUUAAGGCCCAUUCACAUCGCAUUGCUAAUCAAACUCGACACGGUCUAAAAAAGAAGUUCCACGGGAUUUCGGUUCCACGGGAUGGGAGAGACUCGUGGAACGAAAGAGAAAGAGAGUAGCCAGAGUAUUUCGUAAAGAACUUGGUGCUAACCUCGAAACGACUCUCGAAACUCCAAAAGAGUAGUUUGUUAAAAUGAGGCAGAGAGUGAGAGAGAGAGAGAGAGAGAGAGAGGGAGAGAGAGAAAGAGAAAGAGAAGAUUAAGAAGACGUUGUAUAAAUUUGCACGAGAGAUUAAAUGGAUAAAAUCGAAAUUACGAGUUUCGAAGCGACUCGAACUCGAUUCUAUGGCAAUUUUGUCAAGUAAUCAUGUCUAAUACACGACUUCCCUGUGCAGAGAGAAAGAGAGAGAGAGAGAGAGAGAGAGAGAGAAAGCUUUCGAGUUAGAUAAAUCAGGUCGAAACGACGAUGUCUUUAAAGAAGAAGGAAGAAGGGUGCCCCUGCCAAUGGAGACCCCUACUUUGAGCAGGUAAAGGUAACAAAUCACUUUUCAACGACGAGAGGCGGAACUACGAGGUAAGGUUUUCUGAAAGGAGGCGGCUUCUCCGUGGGGAACCACUUGACGUGUCCUUACACACGAUUCCUGACACAAUGCGCCGGAUCGUUUCACACUCAAUAAGAGAAGAAUGCGUGAAUCGCAAACAGACCUUAAAGACAAUGGCCAAGAAGAUGGAGAAGAAGAAGAAGAAGAAGAAGAAGAAGAAGAAGAAGAAAGAACCUUGAACGAGGAGUCUGAAAACCGGUAAGUGUACGAACGUAGAAACUUCGAAUAAAGUUAGCGAUAUAUCUAAGAAUGAAAAGAAGGAAGGAAAUGAAACAAGAAGAAGAAGAAGAAGAAGAAGAAAAAUGAAAGGAAAAAAAAUAUAUAGAAAAAAUAAAUAAAAACAAAAAAAAAAAAGAAAAAAGGAAAAGGAAAAGGAAGAAAAAAAGAAGAGAAAUAAAAAGAAAUGUUUGCACAGAGAACGACGAGGAAGAUAUCGAUGGGUACAGGGAGGAAGAAGAAGAGGGAGAAAAAAAUGCAAAACGGGCGGGCACCGUAGCUCGUAUUUUCUUGUAAAAUCGACGAAUCACUCGAAGUACCGAGAUCCUUCGCAAACUCGAUUCCAGGGAGAAACUCCGACGAACGAAAUAAAAGGAGCACCGUGCGUGCGCGCGCGAGAGAGAGAGAGAGAGAGAGAGAGAGCACACGAGGGAUCGCCGUGUCUCGCAUUAUCUCGAAGAAGAUCGAAAGAGAAGAAGAAGAAGAAGAAGAAGAAGAAGAAGAAGAAGAAGAAGAAAGCGGCGUCUAGAAAAAUUAUUCGUUUCCAGUUUCGCGGAUAUUCAACGUGUCGUCGUCGAUACGUAAGACGAAGCAACGAGAGAGAAAAAGAGAAAGAAAAAGAGAGAAACAGAGAGAGAACAACGAAGACGAAGAGUAUGAUGAUCGGCGAAGAGCUGAAAAAUCUUUCCGCAUAAGAUAAAAAAAAAGAUACAUACAUACAUAUACAUAUAUAUAUAUAUAUAUAUAUAUAUAUAUAUAUAUGUAUGUAUAUAUAUGACCGUGACAAGCGUGGAGGAGGAUGGGGGAUAGGGCAAACAUACAAAUGAUCGAACGAGGAAAUUUUCUUAAGUUCUCGCGAACGGUAUAUUCGCACAAAGGCAUUAAGCAAACAUCCUCUUUCGAGAUUCCAUUCUCUCGUGACAGAAUCGUAGAAACGAUGUGAGAAGAGAUGACAGGAGGGCAAGGUUGCAGGGACGUAUCGAUGUGGUCUUAGUGAAAGAAAGACGAAGGAUUGUGAAGAUCGAGAAGAAGAAGAAGAAGAAGAAGAAGAAGAAGAAGAAGAAAAAGAUGAAGAAGGAGACGACGAAGAAGAAGAAGAAGAAGAAGAAGGAGAAUGAGAAGGAAACUGUAUAAGAGCGAAAGAGAAAAAGAGAGGGAGGGGUACGUAGUGGUAGGGGCCAGAAGAGAAUAAGAUAGAAAGGGACGGACUCUUCACGAUGAAAAGAAGAAGGCGGGACAAGGAAAUAAGAACGUAGUGGAUGGAGGCUGCAGAUGCUGAGGAGCCACUGUAAGAGCCCGGAGAGUGUACCUGUCUUGUUUUUAUAGGCUUGCCAGAACGUCGGGCCCUGGCUACGGAGGACGACGACGACGACGACGACGACGACGACGACGACGGCGACGACGACGAAGGAGAAGAAGAAGAAGAAGAAGAAGAAGAAGAAAGAGAAGGAGACGAAGAAGACGAGGAAAAGGAGGAGAAAGAAUAAAAGAAAGAGAAGGAGAAGGUGGAGGAGGAGAAGAGAGGAGAGUUAGAGAGGUGGGAGAAGGAAGGCCGGCUGCUAUGGAUACGAGAGGGGUCAGCGAGGAAGAGGGAGAACUGUUGAGGGCCGGAGGGCGACCGGAGGGGCGAGGUAAGAGAGCGGAGGAGCCAGCUUGGGCCUUACAACUUGCCAACCAGUUCUCGGAGAACCGCGGGUCUUGCCAGAGCCGUAUACACGCGCGUCGACGCCCGCGACUUUAUUUCAUCUCUUCUUCUCGCCUCCUCCUCCUCCUUUUUCUUCUUCGUCUUCUUCUUCUUCUUCUUCUUCGUCUUCGUCUUCGUCUUCGUCUUCGUCUUCUUCAUCUUCUUAGCCGAGAAAGUCGAUAACUUUUUCGAGAUCAGUGAACCCGCGGCCCGUGGAAUUUCUUUACUCGUUACGUUUCGUUACGUCCCAAGACCGGACGUAAUUUUUAAGAGGAUUUAAGCCGACCGUGUAUCGUGUAAUUGUAUAAGUCAAGGGAGAAAAUAAAGAAGGAAAAAAGAACGAGACAGAUAUACAGAUAAAUAAAUAAAUAAAUAAAUAAAUAAAUAAAUAAAUAAAUAAAUAAAUAAAUAAAUAAAUAUAGAUAAAUAGAUAGAUAGAUAGAUAGAUAGAUAGAUAGAUAUACAGAUAGAUAAAGAAAGAAAGAAAGGGAGGAUAGCCAGUGGAGAAAGGUCAACAUACUUGGCGUUUUGUGCGACGAGAUCUUCGUAGAAAAGAAGUGUUUGUGAGUGUGUUCUUUACAUUGGAAAAGCAGUGUUGUGCAUUGGGAAGGUGUGCCAACGUUUGGAAAAUAAAAAUCAAAAUAAAAUAUAAAAAAAAUAUAGAUAAAAGAGUUGGAUUAGAUGGAUCGGUGCGGGCAUUGUGUAGCGACGCGGGUGCAUCGUUAGAGGAUCAAUAGUGUACAAUAGGAGUAAAAGAAGAAGAAGAAGAAGAAAGAAAGAUUUCAUGGGAUAUUGAGAACCCGGAGAACGGCGGAAAGAUGCGGGGUAGUCCUGCCUUCUUCGCCAUAUUACUCGGCACGAUAUUCGGCGUCCUCGGUGCAUCUCUCAGCAAGGCGUUGAGGUACAAAGCGCCGGACGAGUGCAAAUGGGUUACCGCGGGCGAUGCCGAGGAUGACGUUUCCUUGGUAUGCCGUUUGAGGACAAUCAACAGCGAACUGGAGAACACCAAUUUCAGUGUUAUACAACCCCAGCACACGGUUCGCUUACGUCUCGAAUGUAGCGACGCUCUUUUCUAUCAGAGUUCCCUAACCGCCGGUAGCUUCAGGCCGUUGGUCGAGCUCCGUGAGCUCGUUAUCGAGUAUUGCAAGAUAGGCAAUCUCUCGGACGACGCGUUCAAAGGUCUUCGAGAGUUGCGUAACUUGACCGUUAGGACGCACAAUACCGAUUGGUCCGCUAUGGCAUUGGACGUUUCGGCCGGUGCAUUCACGGACGAGCUUCGUCAAUUGGAAAAACUCGAUCUAGGUGAAAACAAUAUAUGGAAUAUACCGGAAGGUGCCCUCUGCCCUUUGAUCAACUUGGAAAUUCUCAAUUUGACGAGGAACCGUUUGAGAGAGGUGACGAGUUUUCGCUUCAAUGCAAUCAGCAAGUGCCUUUCGAGCUUGAAAGAACUCGAUCUUAGCAACAAUAGCAUCGAGUCCCUGCCUACCGCCGCGUUCUCCGGUUUGACCAGAUUACACAGCUUGGAUCUACGGUGCAACGCCAUAGGCUUUAUGGCGGAUCGUGCUUUCGAGGGCCUCUCGUCCCUGGCCAUCUUGAAACUUGCCGACAAUCGUCUCUCCAGUUUACCCCCCGAGCUAUUCAGCGACGCGAGAAGCAUUCAAGAGAUUCAUCUUAGGAACAACACCUUGAACGUGCUACCGCCCGGUCUCUUUGGUGAACUCACGCAAUUGUUGGUGCUUGACUUGUCGCGUAACGAACUGACGGUCGAAUGGGUGAAUGCCGCGACGUUCGGUGGUCUCGUAAGAUUGGUCGUAUUGGAUCUGUCGAGUAAUCGGAUAAAUCGACUGGAUCCGACUGUAUUUCGUGAUCUUUACAGUUUACAGAUAUUACGGUUACAGGAAAAUCUUUUGGAGAGUUUACCGGAGAACACGUUCUCCGCCCUUUACAAUCUUCAUACGUUACUUUUGAGUGACAACAGAUUGACCGUAAUAGAUGCAACCACCCUAAGUGGACUUUACGUAUUAAGCUUGCUCUCCCUCGACAACAACAGAAUCCAUACGAUACAUCCGAGCUCUCUGAAGAACGCCUCGUCUCUCCAGGAUCUUCAUCUUAACGGUAAUCGACUGACAUCGGUGCCGGACGCCUUGAAAGCCACUCCCCUAUUGCGUACUCUCGACCUGGGCGAGAAUCUCAUUUCCGAGAUACCGAGUGGCACCUUCGACCACGUGGCACAACUCUAUGGUCUUCGAUUGACCGAAAAUCACAUAGGAAAUCUUACCAAGGGUAUCUUCGAUCGUAUCAAAGAAUUGAAGAUCUUGAAUCUAUCGAGAAAUCGAAUACAAUACAUCGAGCCAGGAACGUUCGAUGAGAAUCUCAAUCUCCAGGCAAUACGUCUCGAUGGGAAUCAGUUGACCGACAUUGCCGGACUCUUCACCAAUUUACCGAAUCUCGUAUGGUUGAACGUCAGUGACAACAAACUGAAGUGGUUCGAUUACGCGAUGAUACCGACGGGACUCCAGUGGCUCGACAUACAUUCGAACGAGAUACGCGAGCUAGGGAAUUACUUUGAAAUAGAGAGUCAAUUACAAUUGAGUACCUUUGACGCAAGUGAGAACAAGCUAAUGGAGAUUACGGGCAACGCGAUACCGAUGAGCGUAGAAUUGCUCUUUCUCAAUGACAAUUUAAUAUCGAAGGUGCAGAGUUAUUCUUUCUUCAAGAAACCAAAUUUGACGCGGGUCGAUCUAAAGGGCAAUCAGAUACGGAAUCUCGAGCCGUACGCGUUACGGAUCAGCGCCGUACCACCGGACAAACCAUUACCGGAGUUCUACAUCGGUGACAAUCAGUAUCUAUGCGAUUGUACGAUGGAAUGGUUGCAACGCGUAAAUCGACAAAACCAAACGCGAGUUCAACCAAGAGUGAUGGAUCUAGAAAGUAUUUACUGCAAGCUUCUUUACGAUCGCGAACACGCAUUCGUGCCAUUGGUCGAAGCGUCCCAUUCCCAAUUCCUUUGCAAAUACGAAACUCAUUGUUUCGCGCUCUGUCACUGUUGCGACUUCGACGCUUGCGAUUGCGAAAUGACGUGCCCGUUGAACUGCACUUGCUAUCACGAUCAAUCCUGGUCGGCGAACGUCGUGGAUUGUUCGAACGGCGGGCACACGAACAAACUGCCCGAACAGAUACCGAUGGACGCCACUCGGCUCUACCUCGACGGUAACGAUCUCCGCGUCGUGUCCAGUCACGCUUUCAUCGGCCGUAAGAAGCUGAAAGUUCUCUUUCUGAACUCGUCCAACAUCGAGAUCGUGCAGAACAGGUCGUUCAACGGACUACGCGACCUCGAGGAUCUUCACUUGCAGGACAACAGGGUUCGUGAGUUACGGGGACACGAGUUCGAGGGAUUGGACGCUCUUAGGCAGCUACAUCUUCAACGGAAUCAGCUCGUCUCGAUCGGUAACGACACGUUCGCGCCGUUACGUUCUUUGCGAGUCCUAAGAUUGCAAAGUAAUCGGCUUACGACUUUGGCGGUCUGGACGUUACCUUCGUCGAUCGAGGUCAGCCUAUCGGCUAAUCCUUGGUCCUGCGAGUGCGACUAUCUUCAGAGUUAUCGCGAAUGGAUACGCGAACCGAAUGUUCGUGUAACGGACGCUUCUGAGUUACGUUGCGUUUACAACGUCACGGAGUUCGAAGCCUUCGGCGACGAGACAUUUACCGACGACGAGUUUGGCUUCUCCGUAACGGCAAACGAUCGUGACACGAACGUUAAUGGGAGUGCCAGUUCCUCGUGUACCGGUGCGGUUCCUAUAGACAACGAAGUGCAUAGAAAUUAUACGAAGACCAUCAUUGAAAAACAAGUAUUACAGGACUAUUUGCCGCUUUUAGUUGCAACCCUGGCCAGUUCCUUGGUUAUAAUGUUACUAUGUAUGCUAGCAUUUAUAUUUCGUCAAGAACUUCGGGUGUGGUUUCAUUCGCGUUUCGGCGUACGAAUCUUCUAUAGAAAUCACGAGGUCGAUCGAGAUGAUAGGGAUAAACUCUUCGACGCAUUCGUUAGCUACAGCUCAAAGGACGAGGCAUUCGUAGCGGAAGAAUUGGCACCGGUAUUGGAGAUGGGAAAUCCUUCCUAUAAACUUUGUCUUCAUUAUCGUGACUUUCCUGUCGGAAGUUUCAUAGCCGAUACGAUCGUACAAGCGGUCGAAUCAUCAAGAAGAACUAUCAUGGUACUCUCUGAGAACUUUAUUAAAUCCGAGUGGUGUCGUUUCGAUUUUAAAUCGGCCCAUCAUCAAGUAUUGAGGGAUCGAAGACGUAGGUUGAUCCUAGUACUCGUUGGUGACGUUCAUCAGCGUGAUCUAGAUCCGGAUAUACGUUUGUACUUAAAGACAAACACUUAUCUCCAAUGGGGCGAUAAGCUCUUUUGGGAAAAGCUCAGAUUCGCGUUGCCGGAUGUUCCCAAUAAUCAAAGGACCACGCAAAGGAAUAGACAACCGCCGCCUGUCCGACGGCAGCACAACAAUAGGACAUCCAAUGGAUCGCGCACGGUCUCCG